AUGGAGUCCUCCACCGCACAGUUUGCUUCUCCACGCCGUGUCUUCACGGCACCUCUCCCCUCUACACGACCAUCCUCAUCCUCAUCGUCCACCUCAUCAACAGGCCCAUCCGGAAGUGUUGAGACUCUCUACAAUCACCCCAACGCCAAGAUCAUUGCUUUUACAGCCACCGCUCGUACCGUGCCGAGAAGUCCGACGAAGAACGGCGGCUCGCCCACAGAUGAGGACCAAGGAACGCUCUCAUGGUCUUCACAGUUGGAGAGGACGAUAGCAGUCGGAACCUUCCGAAUAUACCGUGCGCCUGGAUCCGUUGCGUUUCUCAACUGUGGCUCUGCUUUGCAACCCAUACUACCUAAAAGCCAAUGCUGGUGUAUUGAAGAAGACUCGAGCAAAUUCGUACUCCAGAUCCGAAAACCCCAGUACUGGCGAAUCGAACUUCCUGUCACGGAUAUCGAAGAUAGGGAACGGGCCUUUUUACUGCGAGAUAUUUUUGAUCAGAUCCUGCUCUUUGAGAAAACGCGGUGCCCUUUCAAACGCUCGUUUACGGUGCAGCUACCCGAGCCUCCUCAGACUCCGAUUAAAAAGAAGCCAUGGACGCCGGCUAGGAGGUCUUUUGUGCCAAUCCGAGCACCCGAGUCGCCUGAGACGCCACCAACGCCCAUAGUCGUCAGGUCGUUGACGAGACCAGCAUUCUACGAGCCUAAGCCGACAACUUCCUCGACACCACCGCAGAUGCAGACGCCGACGAAAAGUUCGAGGUUAAAAGACGUAGACUCAGCCACAGAAAGCAAGCCUCCUACAAUCCCUGAGAUUGCGGACGUGAGGCCGGAAACAACCGGAGAACAAACAGAGCCAUCGGCGAAUGGUCGGGAAGUGAGGUAUGCUGGAGGACCUGAUCAAGACCUAGACCAGCCCGGGGAAGCGAGUCAAUCGGACGCGCCUGGGACCACUCCCGAGACAGAGAGAGAAGCUGAACCAGCCCCCGGACCACUUAAGGAAACAACUCAGGUCGAGACACCAGUCAAGGUGAAACAAGUAGUCUCAGUUAUCGAGGAACGUAUCGCCGAGGAACCGGUACCGCCUAGAUUUGAAAUCAACAAUGUUACGACGCCGGAACCGAAGCCAGAAGAGCCGCGGUGGCGGCAACCCAGCACGCCAACGCCACACGCGAAAACAAACUUUGUUCAUACAACGUCAGCAGCGGAUCUUCGGACAACCACCAUAAAGAUGGGGGCAUUAACACCAACUACCCCCGUCACAGCUAUCCCCAGGUUCGAAUCGAGGGCCAUCGAACCCGUUUCAUCCUACGGAUCAUACGGAUUUUCAACUUCGUCAUGUACGCUAGGGUCAAAUGCAGAAGAAGCCGAAGAUGUCGAGGAAGAAGUUGCGACUUAUGCGGACAUCACUAUACGCGAAGAAGAGGCCGAGAGUACAACCGAAGUAGAGCCAACCGCCGCCCAUGAAGUCGCGUUUGAUGAAGUCCACGAAGGUUCCGGCCAAGGCAGCAACAUCCUAAUGAAACGGAAGCUAAGGCGAUACGGCGGCUUCUCUUCUUCUCGGUCCACGAUGACCCCACCACACCUCACCUUGAUCACUUCUUCAUCUUCUAGAUCCGUACAAAAGACGACGGAGACAGUAGCAGAUACCCAACAGCCCGAACCAUGCCAGGACCCGUCAGAAACGUCGGGGACUGUAUCGCCGACGGAAUCGGCAGACUCCUUUCAUAGCGUGCGGGCGUGGCAGUCUCCCAUAUCUCCGCCGGUCAUAUCACUUCCCGACACGGAGCAUAGCGAACCGCAAAUGUUCCCUUACCCACACGACAACAUUGUCAUGCCUAAUCAAGUAACCCACCAGAGAGAUGUCUCGGAUUCAACGGUGACACCAGACACACGGUACACGUGGGACGCCAUGUCGACGACUUCAUCCAGCGCAACAUCACAGCUAAGUGCGAUAACGGCACCGGAUACGUACCUAGAUACUAUCGAAGAAUGCGGCAAGUCGAACGUGUCAGAGGAUGGGGCAUGCUUCACGACGGCGAGGAAAAAGGACAGGUCGGCACUUCGGCACCGAUCAACGGCUAGCAUAUCGACGAAUAGGGUACUGUCGCCACUCCCGGCGGCAGCAGCCUUGUUCUCACCGCCCCAGUCGAUAGGACUGGCCAUGGUCGGCCCAACGCGACAACAACAGCAGCACCAGCAGAAGAGCAGCCGUUCCGGCACGCGCAUCGACGUACUCCGCCGGAUGCCGCUUGCCAUCGUGGCGAAGACGUGCGACGUGCUCCUCGGGCCGCCGGCGUAUCUCGUCACGCUAAUGCUCAAGGUGGCAUCGAAGAUCGCCGCGGGCGAGUGGCGCGGGAUGGUCUUCGGGUUCGGCGAGCGCGGCGAGAAGAUCCCGGUGCAGUGGGACUACUCCGACGGCGACGGCGAUCUGGACUGGGACAGCGAUGAGGACGCCGACUUUGCCCCGCCGCCGUCGGCAGGGGAGGAAGAGGAACAAACGCGAGAGGUGGGAAGCAGUGAGGAUGAUGAUGAUGACAACAGGAAGGAUGGGCGGAAUACCAGCGACGAGGACGACACGGGCCGGACGUGGGGAGUUGAUUAG